AUGUUUAAAAUUAUGAAUUUAUUAAAUUUCAAUUUCUUUGUUAUUUUUUUUGGAAUUUUCAUUUUUACAAUCAAUGGAUGUCAACUUAAGUAUAGUGGAAUCUUUGGCAGAAAACAGUGUAGUUUGGUAAUAAAUCUUAAUUUUGACCCAUUUUUUAAAAUGUCGGCUUUUUGUUUACAUUCAGCUGUUUAUCAAAACUUGCUAAGAAUGAAUAAACAACGCAUGGGUAUGAAUCCUAAACUCAAUGCUAAAUUAUUAAUGGAUAUGACCAUGUAUGCUAAUAACAAUAUUGGUCCAAAAAAUAUAAUGCAACUUUGUACCCAAUGUGGAACACAGUGUGGAAUGCAGACAAAAAUUAAGUUUAUUGGAGACCCAAUACAAGGACAAGGUAGUUUACGUCGUCGAGGUAGUCUCACAUUGAGUCAACGUAGAAAAAAUGUAUUUGAUAAUGCAAUUCAUGAUGAUGCCGACGAUCCUAUAUAUGCUACUGUUAAUCGUAAUCGUUUUCGUGGUAGUAUUAAUAGAGGUAAUAGUUUUAAUAGAGGUGGUAGUUUUCAUAGUAAUGGUGGUAGUUUUCGAGGUGGUGGUGGUAGUUUUCGAAAUGGUGGUGGUUUUAAUGGACGUGGUAGCUUGCACCGUAGUAAUAGCGUUGAACAGCGUAGAAGGGCAGUUUUUGCUAAUGAGCGUCUGGACAGUGAUGAAUAA